AUGGCUGGAUUCUUGUUUUGUCUGCUCGCUCUCGACAUCUCCACGGCCUUGUCCGCUGUACUGCUGCCGCGGCAAGGGGAUCCGACAUGGCAGGACACGACGCUACCAGCUGCGCAGCGAGCCGACGCCCUGUUGCCUCAACUGAGUUGGGAGGAGAAGAUUGCGCAAAUGGGCGGCAUUCGACGCCUACUCGGGGCCAAUGCCACCUUUAACCGCACAGCUUGGGAGGCCCUGUACCCUUUGCAACAUGGGAUUUUGAGCUACGGGUCGCAGCUCAACCAGGCUCAAGAUGUUCUGCCGUAUGCCAACAUGGUUCGGGAGGAGCAGCUGAACAGUUCCAAGGUCCCGUGGAUCACGGUUACGGACUCUGUCAACAGCAUCUAUGUGCCUGGAGGUACUCUCUUCCCUGCGACGCUGUCCUUGUCUACUUCCUGGAACCUCCCGCUGUACGAGGAAAUCGUGGCAUCCAUCCGCGACGAGAAUAUGGCACUAGGAACACACUGGGUACUGAGCCCAGAGCUGGACAUCGCAAAGGAACCCAGAAACGGCCGUGUUGGGGAGAUGUAUGGCGAAGAUGUCUACCUAGUCGGCGAGUUCGCUGCUCAAUACGUCAAAACCAUGCAGGAACGUGACGAGGGCGGUCACAUGAAGGUGGCCACGACGGUCAAGCACUUCCUGUACGGACAAGGCUCGGGUGGUGUGAACACGGCCAGCAUGGACGGCGGCGUCAAUCACCUAUACAAUGACCUGGCCAUUCCUUAUAUCAGGGUCCUCAAGGAGAAGCCUGCAUCGAUCAUGAUCUCUUAUUCCUCCGUCGACCGGAUUCCCAUGUCGAUGAAUACUGCUCUAAUCCAGGACAUGCUGCGGUCAGAGAUGGGCUUCACCGGUCUGAUCAUGUCGGAUGCCAUGGGGAUUUUACAUCUGUACACCGAAUCCAAUGUGGCCUCGUCGUACAAGGAUGCCGCCAUCAAAGCGCUGCGCGCCGGCCUCCAGCUCGAGCUGGCCCCUGGGCAACCCGCUUGCUUCCCAUACCUGGUCAACAGCUCGAGCGAUCAGGAGAUCGUGGACCUCGUGAACGAAGCAGCCCGUCAGCACCUGAUCAUCAAGUUCGACACGGCCAUGUUUGACCUUCCUCUGCCGACUAUGGAAAACCUGAACCGGACCCUGCGUGCACCUCAACACUUGGACGUCAAUCGUCGAGCUUCACGAGAAGCAAUCGUAUUGCUCAGCAAUGACGGCUUCCUUCCGCAGGCAAAUUUCUCACAGGUCGCGCUGAUCGGACCCUUUGGAGAUAUCAUUGACCCGGGCUCCUACGCUCCGACGACAAGCGCGAACCCAGAGUACGGACGUACUCUAAGAGGCAGUUUGGAAGCCCGCAUGGGUGCUGGGAACGUUCGUUACGUCAAAGGCGUGGACAUCCGGACCACAAGUCCCAAUGACACGGCUGGGAUACAAGAGGCAGUCGCCGUCGCCAAGGCAGCUGGCGUCGCCAUUGUAUCACUAGGCUCUUUAUCUGUUUAUUCUCAAGACGCCGCAGUGAACCAGCGAACCGACGGCGAAUUCUACAGUCACGCCAGCCUGGCUUUCCCGGGCAACCAGCAACAGCUCUUGGACGCGGUGCUCGACACGGGCGUCCCGACCAUUCUUGUGCUGAACGGUGGUCAAGCCUUUGUCUUGAAUAAUUCAACCAUGCGCUGCAAUGCUAUUCUUCACCAGUUCCUUGGAGGCGAGUUCUCUGCCGAUGCCCUCGUCGAGAUCAUCACGGGCCAAGUCAACCCUAGCGGCAAGCUCACCAUCAGCAUGCCGCAAGCGGAUGGAGCGUUUCCGAUCUACUACGAUUUCCUCCCGUCGGACAACGUGGGAGGCGGUGGGUCCGAUCCUACCGACUCAACUGUCUGUGCCGGCGACUGGAACUUGCCUUGUCUCAACCGAGACGGCGCUCCCAUGGCAUUCGGUUACGGUCUCAGCUACACGACAUUUGACAUCUCGGGGCCUCAAGUCACAAACUCAAACUCAAGCGGUGGCUCCAUCUCCAUCUUUUGCACCAUCACCAAUACCGGCAACGUGGCUGGCAAGGAAGUGGUCCAAGUCUAUUUCCGGCAGCAGUACUCGGACAUUGAAUUGCCCAACAAGAGACUGGUGCGGUUUCAAAAGGUGGAACUGCAGCCUGGCGAGGCGCGACAGGUGAAAUUCGUCAUCGACAAGGCGGAUCUGGGAUACUACAACAAUGCUAAGUAUCAGGUGGAUUCGGGCCAUUACACCUUUUGGGUGGGGUCAAGCUCCAGGAUGGCGGACUUGAAGAAUGCCACCAUCAGUCUAUAA